AUGAAUCAGCGGUUAUUACGGUGUUCGAAAAAGGCCCUUAUGCUAGCUACGCAAACUGUGGUAUCCCUUACGCUCUCGGAAACGUUAUCAAGGAGGACGGUUCACUCAUUCUGCACAGCCGAAAGUAUUUCAAGGAGCGUUUUAACAUUGAUGUUUACCUCAACACUGAAGUCACUGAAAUUGACCGCACAAACGAAAGAAUUAGCACAAGAACUGUCGGAGGACGAGAUUCGUCAGUUCGACUACGACAAGCUUAUACUAUCUCAAGGCUCUCAGGCAGUUCGGCCUCCGAUUGAUGGAGAAGCCCAAAGUCAUGUGGUAACUCUAUGGACCCCCGAGGACCUCCAAGAAGUUAGAGGUCUGAUGUUGAACAGAGACAUCUGCAAUGUAUGCAUCAUCGGCGGUGGGUUCAUUGGCCUUGAAGCUGCCGAAAACCUGCAAAAGGUGAACUUUGAAGUUUCAAUAUUUGAACAAUUGCCACAUGCCUUGCCUCCUGCGGAUGCAGAUAUCGCAGAGAUUCUCCACGCCGAGCUCAAGCGCCACGGGGCAGACUUAUUCCUUCAUGAUGGCCCUAGCAUCGUUGCUUUGGGUGGACCAGCAGAUCGGCAAGGACAACUCGCAGCUGACGACAUAUCCGGCAAGUUGGUGCACUAUCGAGGCAAUAUCGGCACGAUCAAGGCAGUCUUUAAGAACACGGGGCGAGUUUGGGGAGUACAAGCAGUGGGGAGAGCAGGCGUGGAUAUGCGUAUUGAUGUAUUGGCGACGGCCAUACAAGUUAGAAUGACGGUCUUCGACUUGGAACAUCUUGAACCUGGGUAUGCGCCACCAUACAGCUCGGCCAAAGAUCCAGUCAAUAUGGUUGGGUUUGUAGCAUCCAACGUGAUGCGUGAAGACUACCGAGUCGUACACGCCGGAAGAUCUCAACAUGAAGAAGUUGAGCGAUUGGCAAGUCAUAGAUGUUCGAUCUGCCGAAGAAUUCUCGACGGGGCACCUUCGGAACGCAGUCAACUUCGCCCUCGAUACUUUGAGGGAUCGUGUAGCCACCCUGAAUAA